UCGAGGCGACCCAAUGGUGCGAGCUUCCUGCUGCAUUGUGCACUGAUAUCCAGCUUCCUGUUCUCAAUUCCGAAGCAGCAUUGGGGAAAUGGCAAGAAUAACUUGCAUGUAGCAAACAAUCUGCUGAGGGACAUACAGAAUCAACCGUAAAAUGCAUUUAACAGUCUGGUUGAAUAUGGGAUCUUCCUAUCAAGAUUUUUUCCUGGAUCGAAUCAGCUGACACAGGAAGAUGCCAGAGGGAACUGAUUUGAAAUGAAGCCUCAACACAACAAUAUUCACUUCCCAUCCACUUUCCACCUUAAUUUAUUCUUGGCCAGACCAGAAUGUUAAUGUUCAAGAUUUCAGAAAUUGUGACAUGCUGUGAUGGUCAAGGGUUUUUAUUCUCUCUCUAUUUGAGAUAUUGUCAAUUGGUUUCUGUGUCAUAAUAGCACUUACCCAUAAGAGCCACAAUGCGUAUCAGUUUUUGCCAGGCUCUGUUAACUGGAGCAAUCGUUUUAAACUUGCUAAUCCUAUAUUAUGUGUCACGGGCCCAGCAACAGAUGAUGGAGAAGCGUCGAGAACAAGGAAAGGGCAUAAAGAAAGCCUCUCUACCUGUUUCAGGACUUGGCGCUGUGGGUAGUCUGGUAGGUGGAAGUAUGGUUGGCGGUGUUAAAGUGAGUGGCCUUGAGGGCAACUCGCGUGGUCCCAGGGUGACAAUCCUUGUUCGUGAGUUUGAAGACUUUGAGAACUAUGUUGUUGAUGUGGCACGCUCUUUUUUGCGCCAAAGACCAGAGUUGCCCUUCAUUGCAAUGUCCGAUACUGCACCGUACCCUCCUCUGGCUCUUCCCGAGGGAGCACGCCUGCUGGUGUUGUCUCCAAGCCCUGACCAGCCUCCACAAACUCACCGGCCUGAGUUCAACGUGCAGACAGAGUUUGCUUUGUUGGUUCCAGAUGGUGUGGAGCUGGAUCAUGGCCGACAAGUGGAGCGGCUGAUCCGGGAGCUAGAAGGGGAGGGUGGCGGGCCAGUUCGGCUGGUUGCCGCCCCCGUGCUGACCCGCUCGGCAGUGCAGUGCCUGCACCUGCGAGUUAAUCUUCGAGAAUGGAUGGCCACCUACACACCAGGAGCCUCUGGAAGCAGUGGUAGUGUCUGCACAGCCCUGCAGGGUGAUGCCGUGGUUCUUAUCCGUACCGAGGACCUCUUCAAUCUCUCUGUUCCAUUAGGGCGCCCACUGAUGUCUUCCUUGUUUGUACAGACAUCACUGCGGGGCUGGAAGGUCAAGCUGCUUGAAGGACCUUCAUUCUCUGCUAGUCAUAGACCGCUCUUCAGCUCGGCACAUAAUCAGUGGAAGGCGGACAGUCGCUUGAAAGAUGCCACCAAUCACCUCAUGCGCAGUUUUGGCCUAAAGCGCAUAGUGCUACCUGAUGGCCGAGAUCAGUGGUUUGGUUGCAGCAAGGAGACGCCACGAUGCUUUGGGACAGUGCGUGAUGACACUCCUGAAUAUCUCUAUCUAGAGCGCUGGACUCCACCUUGUUGCUUGCGUGCCCUUCGAGAGACCACUAAAUAUGUUAUCAACAUCUUGGAGAGCUCUGGUGUGCGUUACUGGCUGGAAGGCGGUUCUUUGCUGGGAGCUGCCCGACAUCAAGACAUAAUUCCUUGGGAUUAUGAUGUGGAUUUGGGGAUCUACUUGGAAGACAUUCCGAACUGCGACUACUUGAAAAGCCUGGACUCUGGAUCACUGGUCGAUGCUAAUGGCUACGUAUGGGAGCGAGCCGUAGAGGGCGAUUUCUACCGCGUUCAGUACAGCGAAGCUAACCAUCUGCAUGUGGACUUGUGGCCAUUCUAUCCCCACAAUGGAGUCAUGACGAGGGACACUUGGACAGAGCACAAGCAAGACGUGGAGUUCCCUGAGCACUUUUUGCAACCUCUGGUGCCAAUGCAGUUCGCCGGCAUCACUGCUUAUGGACCUAACAACUACCGUGCCUUCUUGGAACUCAAGUUUGGGGAAGGGGUUAUUGAGAACCCUCAGUAUCCCAACCCUGCCAAGAAAAAGCUGGAUGGGAGUCGCACAUUAGGACCAUAGCAAUCAGUUACCCUGAAGAUGUGCCACAAUCGCACAACACUGAAUUUUAAACUUUGUUGAGAAUCACUAUCAGGCACAAUGUCUCAGACUGUAUCUGAACACUUGAAUGUCAGUAUUUCUUGCCAAUUGUAUUUAUUUGUGUGUGUUUGGUUUGGGGAGUCAUGACUAAAUAUACAAUAUGUAAUAAUACUAAUAAAGUCAGAGAGUAUUUACAUGUAAUAUUUGACACUGCGAUGUCUGAGGAAUUACUCAGUGAGUUGAAAGAUCAAAGCUUUUGCAAUAAUACCCCCAAUUUAACAUCCACAUUUUCUAUGGAAAUAUUAUGGGAAAGAAAAAUUAAAUUUUCAAAUUGAAGGGCGAGCAACGGUCUAAUUUUAAAGAGUCUGAUAUCGUCACUUAACGAACUUAACGUUUAUUCAAUGUAUGGAUUUAUGUUUGUAGUGACUCAUUUAAUAAGCAACCCAGACCAACUUAUUGCAUCAUGAACUUUGAAUGGACUCAACCUUUCAACUCAACUUGCAUAAUGAUCAUUAUUAUACCACAGUAGACUUUUUUUUUCCAUCUGUUGUGACAUAGGUAUUUUGUGAUGUCAAGUUAGGUCGCUCUGACUUUCAUGAUUUGUUUUUACACAAAAAUGGUAUUAUGGUUUUAACUGGGGUAAAAAAAAAACUGCUACGCAUGCUGUUGAAAAGAAGCUGCAGUUUAGGCACUCAUUCACUUUACUGAUUGAUAUUUGCACAAGUAAUUUUGUGUUGAUUAUUUUGACUGAAUACUUCAACCAGUAUGGUCUUGUAAAUGGCCUUUUCCUCUGUUCUUUUCCUAUUUUAUUUUUAUAAAAAAAAUAUGUUCUACCAUAAUAACUUCAUUCAUUCAAUAAGUUACAAUAUAUAUAUUAUAUGUUUUGAAUGUCCAAAUGUAGUAUUUGUUUACAUUUUAAGGGUUUUUGGCUCAAUGGAAAUUUGUUGAUAAAGUUGAUUUUGUGGUUUAUUAUUUGUCAAGUUAUUUGACACCAAGUGUUACUCAAAUGUUAUUACCUGGGUUUAAUAUAAUACAAGUACAUAAAUGAUAAAUUAAGAAUAUGAUUCAUUUAUUUAAAUGAUUCAAUGUUGAAAAACUAACAAAAUAACCAUUUGACCCAAACCAAAUGUCUUCUUUGCCACUUGCUAUUCUGUCUCUUAACAUUUGUCAGUCUCAUAUGACUAUCUCACUUGUCUGGAAAUAAUCAGAGCUGAGUGGAUAAUUGACUGUCAAUUUGAGAAAAAUACAGAUGUUGCAGACAAGCACCUCCAAAUGUUUAAUAGACCACAAGGUGGCGCAGUCAGUUAUGGAGUAACAUUCAGAGAUGUUAACCAGUGUUUUUUGUACAGUAUUGCUACUAAUCAAAUAUUUGAAGCCUCUCUCAUUAAGAUGUAUAAAAUAAAAAAUAGUUU